AUGAAAUCCCUCACAAGGCUCCAGAUCUACGGCACCGACGCAAUCGAUGAAAGCGAUGGCGACUUCUACUUUCAAAGUGGUCUUAAAUUCCAGCAGCGGUUCAGCUUAGCAGCCGUCAAUCAGGAUGGGCCGGGGUUAGACAUAGCUCACGACCUCUCCGCGCACGAUGUUGGAGUUUUAAUUCGGGAGAGUUAUGAUUUAUCUCCCAAAUUAUACUGUCCAACGAGCAUCAUUAUCAGCAUGCGGUUUCCUACCGCCAUCAAGUCAGGAAACCAAGCGCCUGUCGUUGAUCCAUUGGCUUGGACUAGAACGAUGCUCGCGGCAUCCAAAAUCCCUUCCAACCGACUCUUCUCCUUGCACGUCUCGUUCGAGCCGAAGCCCCAGUUUCAGACCGUCGAGGUACAAUUCGCUGACGUCCAAAAGCUCUAUGCAGACUUUCCUAAACUCAAAGAUAUCUCUAUAUCGAAUCCCAGGUUAUCUUGGUCAAGAGGCAUGAGCGACCGCGCGAAUGAAAGCAGAUUCUUCGAAGAAGAUACCCUCCCAGAGUGGACACCUUGUCCAUCUAACUUACCUCAUUGUAUAGACUGGUGGCUGAAGGAGUUGAGGCUCGGAUCUCCGGGGACACAGAGCGAUGAAGAGUUCGCUGAAACCAUCGCGAAAUUAGUGGAUGGCGUAUUCUUAAGAUGGGAUCCCGACAUACUUUGUAGCCCCGAAGAAUUGAUCGAUGACCUCUACAAGUACUAUAACCGCUCAAAAAGAAAUUAA